GGGGCCCGCCCGGGCACCAAGCGCCUGCCCAAGGCCAUCGUGGUGGGCGUCAAGAAGGGCGGGACCCGCGCCGUGCUGGAGUUCAUCCGGGUGCACCCCGAGGUGCGCGCCCUGGGCACCGAGCCCCACUUCUUCGACAGGAACUACCACCGCGGGCUGGAGUGGUACAGGAGCCUGAUGCCCCGCACGCUGGACAGCCAGAUCACGGUGGAGAAGACCCCCAGCUACUUUGUCACCAAGGAGGCGCCGCGGCGCAUCUUCAACAUGUCCCGGGACACCAAGCUGAUCGUGGUGGUGCGGGACCCGGUCACCAGGGCCAUCUCUGACUACACUCAGACCCUCUCCAAGAAGCCAGACAUCCCCACCUUCGAGGGGCUGAGCUUCCGCAACCGCAGCCUGGGGCUGGUGGACACGUCCUGGAACGCCAUCCGCAUCGGGCUGUACGCGCUGCACCUGGAGAACUGGCUGCAGUACUUCCCCCUGUCCCAGAUCCACUUCGUCAGCGGGGAGAGGCUCAUCACCGACCCUGCGGGGGAGAUGGCCAAGGUGCAGGACUUCCUGGGCCUCAAACGGGUCAUCACAGACAAGCACUUCUACUUCAACAAGACAAAAGGCUUCCCGUGCCUGAAGAAGUCGGAGAGCAGCGGCUUGCCUCGCUGCCUGGGCAAGUCCAAGGGCAGGACUCACGUGCAGAUCGACCCCGAGGUGAUCGAGCAGCUUCGGGACUUUUACAGACCUUAUAACAUCAAAUUCUAUGAGACAGUCGGGCAGGACUUCAGAAGGAUGAGCAGUUUUCCUGACAGUGGCACAUUAAGUGCACACACAUCCUCUGGGGACGGCGGCUCUGCAACAGGUUGCUGA